UGUAAACAAAACAUUUGGUCAAACAUUAAUAAGUGUGUCGUGUCGUGUCGUGUUAUAAAUAAUUAUGGAUGAUAUAGAUCGUCUUGAGAAAGAAAUAUUAGUCUUAAGAAAAACAUUACGACGUAAGGAGAAAGAAUUAUUAGAGAUUAAGAAGGAGUUUAUGCCGACAUUACCUUCCAAGGUAGAAAAAGAAAUUGUUAAUCAAAAUGAAUGUGCGAAGAAUAUCGUUAAGAUCAGUGAGAAGUUACCGAAAUGGGCUAUUGUAAGGUACAGCCGCCAGAUCUUACUCCCUGAAAUAGGGGUUAAGGGUCAGGAGAAAUUGAUGGGGGCCAAGGUAUUGGUUGUCGGAGCUGGGGGCCUGGGAUGUCCCGCUGCAGUCUACCUCGCUGGGGCUGGUGUAGGAGAAAUAGGCAUAGUGGAUUAUGACCAAGUAGACGUGACGAACAUACACCGUCAGAUAUUGCACAGUGAAGCUGAUCAGAAUGUAAGCAAAGCGCAAUCCGCCGCUGAGAGUUUACGAAGUAUAAAUUCCAAGAUAAAAUUGACCCCCUACAAUAUAGAACUAAAUCCAUCGAACGCGUUGGAGAUAUCAGCGAACUAUGACGUCAUACUGGACUGCACGGACAAUGUGCCCACUCGGUACAUGCUGAACGACGUUAGUGUUUUAAAUAAGAUGCCGUUGAUAUCGGGCAGUGCAUUAAAAAUGGAAGGACAACUCACAGUAUAUGGUUAUCGAGCACAGACGAACCAGAACGACAAAGGAUAUAAAUAUAUAGGGCCAUGCUAUAGGUGUGUAUUCCCAACACCUCCACCACCAGAAGCGGUGGGGAGCUGUUCCGCUGAUGGCGUUGCUGGACCCAUACCUGGCGUUAUAGGAACACUGCAAGCUCUGGAGACAAUAAAGUUGAUCGUUGGACAGACGCACGACAAUCUCUUAGUGGGAAGGAUGCUGUUGUUCGAUGGCGAAGACAUGAGCUUUCGUAACGUAAAACUUCGUCCUAGGAAUCCUCAAUGCGAGAUAUGUUCAGAAAAUCCGAAAAUUACAAAAUUACUUAACUACGAAGUUGUCUGUCGAAUGCAAUCUAAGGAAAAGGAUCUAGAUUUAGAUAUCUUACCGCCAAAAAACAGAAUCACAGCAGUGAAAUUAGCUGAAGCGCUUAAAGCGACGGAUAAACAUCUGUUGGUCGACGUCCGAAGCGAACACGAGUUCGAGAUGUGCAAACUAGAUGGCGCUGUCAACUAUCCGUUGGAAAAGUUGCAUCGGGAUAACAUUGAUUUACUUUUGAAGGAUAUUAGGGACUGUUGUUGUCAAGUGACAUUUAUUUGUAGAAGAGGCAACGAUUCACAAAUCGCCGCUAAGAGAGUUCUAGAUGUUAUAGAGGAUGAAUAUAAAGAAAAAAUAACUGAUCUGACUGGUGGCCUUCAUGCUUGGUCGAAGUACGUCGACGGGGAAUUCCCCGUUUACUAGUGUUGCCAUAUCUAAAUAUGUUGUUUAAUAAAA